ACCUCAGUCGGCUUGAACUUUGGACCGAACUACGGUCCAGUCGCUCCUCUGAAUCGCGGUAAGCAGAAGUCAUGGCUAACCCUCCCGUUAUCAUAUGGAAAGAUGAGGUUGAGCGCCUGCUGCGUUACCGAGAGCUGAUCCCCCGACUGGAAGUAGCUUUGGGGAAAUUCUCCUGGCGAGACAGCGCUGAACUGAUCCAGCCUGUGCGCACCACAGUGCCGCUGCAGAAACACGACGGAUUCAUGGGAUUGAUGCCUGCUUACAUGGAGAAUGACGGAGUCCUGAGCACAAAGUUUGUGUGUUUCUACAAGAGGGAGGACGGUUCCACUUUGCCAGCCACUCAAGCCACAGUAGUGCUGCUGGAUCCUGAGUAUGGGAAUGUCAAGGCUGUCAUGGAUGGAGAGGUCAUCACAGACAUGAGGACAGCUGCUGUCUCUGCAAUCUCUGCAAAGCUGUUGAUGCGUCCCGGGGCAGAGGUGUUGGCCAUCCUGGGAACUGGCAGACAGGCCCUGAGUCAUUAUAAUGUCUUCAUGGAAAUGUUCUCAUUUAAAGAGGUGCGAGUAUGGAGCCACACGAAGGAGAGGGCUGAGAGGUUUAGAGACUCCGUCAGCGGUCCUGUGACAGCUUGUGUCUCAGUGGAGGAGGCGGUGAGGGGAGCGGAUGUCAUAGUAACAGUAACCAGAUGUACUGAGCCGGUGCUCUUCGGUCAGUGGGUCAAAGCAGGAGCCCACGUGGCAGCGGUGGGAGCCUGCAGGCCAAACUGGCGGGAGCUGGAUGACGUGUUGAUGAAGGAGGCCGUGGUGUACGCCGACAGCAGAGAGGGAGCGAUGGCCGAGUCUGGAGACAUCAUACUCUCUGGGGCAGAGGUGUUUGCAGAACUUGGAGAUGUUAUUAACGGGACAAAACCUGCUCACAGAGAGAAGACGACAGUGUUCAAAUCUCUUGGGAUGGGGGUUCAAGAUGCAGUGUCUGCUAAGCUGGUAUUUGACCAAUGGAAAGCCAGACAUAGCCAACUAUGAAGUGGCCAUGUGUUUCACUGACAGAUCAACCUGCCACUGUAAUCAACAGAAAAUGAAUCACCAAUUAUUCUGAUAAUCGAUUUUUUAUGCAAGUUGAUCAGCUGAGGCUGAUGGGAGUGUCGUUUGAUAGUAUGUGGUCAAACUUUGACCAUCCAGUAGCAUGAGUGAAUGUGAAUGUGAAAUGUUACAGCAAUUAUUCCAGUAGCUGUUGAGAUGUUUAAGCCUGGACCAAAGUGGUACACUGACUGACUGACUGCU